AUGGCCGAACACCCGAAAACGGAGUGGCAAAAUGUGGCACAGGCGGAGCUGGAAGCAGCGUUGAAGGUAACGAAAAACACCAACGUCGCCAAGAACGUCAUCUUGUUCAUCGGAGAUGGAAUGGGACUGCCCUCGGUGACCGCUGGUCGGAUUCUGAAGGCCCAGGAAACCAACAGGAGAGGUCAACAACCCCUCUUCUCUUUCGAGAAAUUUCCAGCUGUUGGCCUGUCAAAGACGUACAACAAUGACCGCCAGACGGCAGGUUCGGCCAGCACGGGCACCGCCUACUUGUGCGGGGUCAAGGCCAACUAUGGCACCAUUGGCGUCUCCCCCGCCGUCAAAAGGAAAGACUGCGAGGCUUCUAAGACAGUGGAAGGAAAACUAUCGUCUAUUCACAAAUGGUCCAAAGAAGCGGGGAAGUCUGUGGGGUUCGUGACGACAGCCCGGGUCACCCACGCCUCCCCAGCCGCCGGAUACGCCAACUCGGCCGACCGCAACUGGGAGGGGACGACGGAAGUUGCUGAAGGUUGCAAGGAUAUUGCGGCGCAGCUUUUCGAUAACGUUGACUUCGAUGUAAUUAUGGGUGGCGGCCGCCGCUACAUCCUGAUGGACAACCAGACCGACCCGGAAACUAACACCAGACACAGUAAACAGAGGACUGAUGGCAGAGACCUCAUCAAGGAAUGGAAGGAGAAGAAACAGAAUGCUGGGAAGAAAGCUGAAUAUGUGUUCAACAAGGGACAGUUCGACGCCGUCAACCCUGCCAACACAGACUCUCUACUGGGUUUAUUUGCUCCGAGCCACAUGUCAUAUGACCUUGAGAGGGACACGACUGCAGCCGGGGAGCCAUCAAUUGCGGAGAUGACCAGAAAAGCCAUUCAGAUUCUCAAGAAAAACGACAAGGGUUUCUUUCUGUUUGUGGAAGGUGCACGUAUUGACCACGGUCACCACAACAACUCGGCCAAGAGGGCGCUGUACGACGUGUUGUCCCUGGAUGCGGCUGUGGCAGCUGCAAUGGAGGAGACGGAUGAAGCCGACACCCUGAUUGUCGUCUCAGCCGACCACUCCCACGUCUUCGGCAUUGCUGGCUACCCGUCGAGGGAGAAUGAUAUUUUCGGGCUGGUGGAUAUUGUCCCAGAGGAUGAAAAACCUUAUGACAAGAUGCCGUACACCACCCUCUUCUACGGCAACGGCCCGGGCCCAGACCGCGCCAACCUCACCGACGUGGAUACAACUCACAUUGACUUCCAACAGCCAAGUGGUAUCCGAAUGACAGAUGACACACAUGGGGCUGAAGACGUUGCAAUAUACGCACGUGGUCCGAUGUCGCACCUGUUUCACGGAGUGCACGAGGAGCAUUACAUAGCCCACGUGAUGGGGUAUGCCUCGUGCGUUGGCAUGAACAAGAAACACUGCUCAGAGAAUCGCGAGUCGACCACGUGUGCAGGCAAUGGGCUUACGUCCAGUUUUGCUGUGAUUGUGUUCAUAUUAGCUGUAUUCUUUAAUAAGUAAAUUGCUAUAUUGUAUUAUGUCCUUUAGAGUUAGCUAAUGAUCAAACAAAACCGGAUAAUA